CGUGGCCCGGAGGGGGCGUGGCCCGCGCGGCGGCCGGCGCGCGCCGGCCUCGGCCCCGCUGCCGCGGCGCGGGCCGGCGAUCCGCGGGUCCGCUCGGCCUGGGGCGCGGGCCCGGGAUGGCGUCUGAGCCGCGCUGACCGGUGUCUCCGUGGACCAAGAUGACUGAUGGAAACCUUUCCACCUCUACAAAUGGUGUAGCCUUGAUGGGUGUUCAGAACCUGCAACCUCUCAAUGUCAAGGUGCCCGAGUACCAACCCACACUCAAAUUCAGUGCUUUGGAAGAUCGGCACAGCCUUCAGUCCGUGGACUCGGGCAUUCCUACGCUGGAGAUCGGCAACCCAGAGCCCAUCCCCUGCAGCCUGGUCCACGUGAGGAGAAAACAGUCGGAGUCUGAGAUCACCCCCGAGCGGGCCUUCCAGGGCGCAUGCCCACCGCCGUCCUGCACGCCCCUGGCUCCCGCUGGCCCUGAGCGGGAGCAGGCUGUCCGGAAGUCCUCCACGUUCCCUAGGACGGGCUAUGACUCGGGGAAGCUCUACAGCCCCCCCUCGAAAGCACUGAGCCGCAGCGAUGAUGUCUCCCUCUGCAGUGUGUCCAGCCUGGGAACAGAGCUGUCGACCACACUGUCCGUUAGCAAUGAGGACAUCUUGGACCUCAUGGUCACGAGCAGCUCCAGUGCCAUUGUGACCCUGGAGAAUGACGACGACCCACAGUUCACCGACGUCACGCUGAGCUCCAUCAGGGAAGCCAGUGACUUCCCCCGGCAGGGUAGUGUGGACGAGACCGAGGUGGGGAGCAAGCGGAGAAUCCUAGGGCCAUUCAGUAGCUUCUUCACGAGGAACUUGCUUGCUAGAAAACACAAUGCAAGACUUGACAGACAAAGAGACUUGGGAUGGAAGCUAUUUGGAAAAGUUCCACUCCGAGAGAAUGCUCAGAAAGAUUCCAAGAGAACACAAAAGGAACAUGAAGACAAGGCUGGAAGCCCGAGCAGGCCACCCUCCCCGAAGCAAAACGUGAGGAAGAACCUGGACUUUGAGCCGCUGUCCACCACCGCGCUCAUCCUCGAGGACCGACCCGCCAAUCUCCCAGCAAAGCCAGCUGAAGAAGCCCAGAAGCACAGGCAGCAGUAUGAAGAAAUGGUGGUGCAGGCCAAGAAACGAGAGCUUAAAGAAGCCCAGCGGAGGAAAAAGCAGCUGGAGGCACGGUGCCGCGUGGAGGAGAGCAUUGGGAAUGCUGUGCUUACGUGGAAUAACGAGAUCUUGCCCAACUGGGAGACCAUGUGGUGCUCUAGGAAAGUUCGAGAUCUGUGGUGGCAAGGAAUCCCACCGAGUGUCAGAGGCAAAGUCUGGAGCUUGGCCAUUGGCAAUGAGUUGAACAUCACCCACGAGCUCUUCGACAUCUGUCUGGCCCGGGCCAAGGAGCGGUGGCGGUCCCUCAGCACAGGAGGCUCAGAAGCAGAGAGUGAAGAUGCUGGGUUUCCCGCAGCCGAUCGAGAGGCCAGUCUGGAGCUUAUAAAACUGGACAUUUCUAGAACAUUCCCUAAUCUCUGCAUCUUCCAGCAAGGUGGCCCAUAUCAUGACAUGUUGCACAGUAUUUUGGGCGCUUACACUUGCUACCGACCGGAUGUGGGUUAUGUUCAGGGAAUGUCCUUCAUAGCCGCAGUGUUGAUCUUGAACCUAGAUACUGCAGAUGCCUUCAUUGCUUUUUCUAAUCUUUUGAAUAAACCCUGUCAAAUGGCGUUUUUCCGAGUGGACCAUAGCCUUAUGUUGACUUAUUUUGCUGCAUUUGAGGUUUUCUUUGAAGAAAAUUUGCCGAAACUAUUUGCGCAUUUCAAGAAGAACAACUUGACCCCAGACAUCUACCUGAUCGACUGGAUCUUCACCCUGUACAGCAAGUCCCUGCCCCUGGACCUGGCCUGCCGCGUGUGGGACGUGUUCUGCCGGGACGGGGAGGAGUUCCUCUUCCGCACGGCCCUGGGCAUCCUGAAGCUGUUCGAGGACAUCCUGGCCAGGAUGGACUUCAUCCACAGUGCCCAGUUCCUCACCCGGCUGCCCGAGGACCUGCCGGCAGACGAGGUGUUCACGGCCAUCUCCGCCAUCCAGAUGCAGAGUCGCAACAAGAAGUGGGCGCAGGUGCUGGCUGCCCUGCAGAAGGACAGCCGGGAGAUGGAGAAAGGAAGCCCGUCCCUCCGCCACUGAGCCUGCGCCACACCGUCGCCCAGCGCGGGGCCGGUCUCCACGCAGACCCGGGGCGCUUCCCACGGACACCGGCCGCAGAGAACAUGGGCCGCCUUCCCGUUGAGAGUCCCGGUGCUGGAGUGGGCCUUAAACUAGACAGCCUUCAAAGAAUUAAAACGCAAAUGAAAUCCAACGGCAGGCAAAGAGUUAAAACGCAAAUGAAAUCCAACGGCAAAGAGUUAAAACGCAAAUGAAAUCAAACGGCAGUCAAAGAGUUGGACCCAGGCUUCGGCUCAGGCGGCUCUGUGGACGGCGGGCAGCCACUGUUCCCACGCGGGGCAGGGCAGGGCGGUGGCUGUCUCCCCCCUCCCGUCCUUCCCGUGGCACAAGCCCAGCGUCCCCGCGGGCGUUUCCUGUGGCACAAGCCCAGCGUCCCCGCGGGCGUUAGCGUCUCGCAGCCACGACGCACGAGAAAUGCCUCUGGGAGGCGACUGGCUCGUGUUCUGGGUGAGAAAGAAGUGGCUGGUGCAGGUACUGAGAAUCUUCCCGGAGCUGGAGGGCCUGUUUUUACAAUCUACCCACCAAAGACAGCGGAAAGGAAGACGGCCCUCCUGGGCCGCUGGCCGGGGCGCCCGCGCGCCCUGGGGACCUGCCAGCCCUCACGCUGACACUUGACCACGUUGCCUUGACCAGCCGUCGCAGGAAGGCCGCAGGGGCGCCCUCGGUUCCCGUGGGACCCGCUCUCCCAGGCCGCCCCCCGAGCGCGGAGCCACAGCAGCAGAGGCCGGGGGGCCGAGGCGGCGCGCGGGACCCCUGCCCGCGUGGAGGCGGCGGGUGGGCGGCGCUCUCCGCCUCUGUCUCCCGUUGGGCCAGGCCGGUCCUGAGUGCCAGUGCUCGCCCCACGUUUGGCUCUUCCCGCGCCGCCCCGAGGACGGAGCAGCGGUCUCCCGGCCGGGCGCUCCCAGCUGGCUCGUGUCUCGUCAGCCCCUCGCCCUUUUCGCUCAUGUCCCCGCUUCCUCGGUGAGCUCGUUCUAGCUUUCCUUGUCAUUUUUGUGAUCUGAUGGGCCGGCACGGGAGACUCUCGUGCCUCCAGGUCCACGCCGCGCAGGAGCCCCUCCCCCGAGCUGACCUCUGACGUCAGGAGCCCAGCGUGGGGCAGGGAGACCAGAGCGCGAGGAUUGUCCAUCUGCCCCGCCUGGUGCAGGCGGCCCUGGCCCUCCUGCAGCCCCCAGCCCCUUCCGCCAUGGGCCCUCGCUCUUGGCAUUCCCUUUCGCUUCCCUGUCCACCUGGGCUGUCCCGGGAGGCCGCAGGGCACUGUGGGCACCGCUUUCUGCCUCGGCCUUCCGAGGCCGACCUUGCCUGACCUCUUGGAGGCGGCGCAGCCUCCUGACCCAGCCAUUCCAGACACCAAGAUGUUGAAUGUAGCCCGGGCCCCGCAGCCUGUGGGACGCGGACUGUCCAGCCCCGUGCCGGCCUUCCCCCCAGAUCCACUUAGUUUUGGUCCACAGUGUGGGCGAAUGUUCUGUUCUUCAAAGAUGUAUAUAUUUUCUUACUGUACAUAAAGCUCACCCUCCCGUUGCACAGGUGAGUGACGAGGGCCUGGGGCAGCUUGCUCGGAAGGCCGUCGUCAAAGUCCCCAGUGCUCGCCCCCGUUUGGUGUCUGGAGCACUGUCUACAGCUUGGGCGCUGACAGAGCGCUUCCCGCCUGCUCAGGGAACCCCAGCUGGGCGGCCCCUCCCCCCAGGGGGCACUCCUGCCCCCGUGGUUGUCACAGAGUGGGGGGGGGGCUGCGCUUCCCCAGCCACUGACUUUGAGUUUCAGACCCAAGGCUGCCCUGCAGCAGCUCCGCUUGGGAAACGGUGGACGGCCAAGGUACUUUUUAACUUCAAGCUCAGUUUUUGACUAUUUGCCGAAGGAAAACUGCUGGUAGCCUUGCUCCACAUCAUGUUUUCAUUGCUUGUACAGUUCCUCUUUUAUUCAGUAAUGUGUUUCAAAGUAGGACUUUUUUGAAUUGUAAAUAUGUGGUUUUAUUAAAUAAAAGUCAUGUAAAAUUGUUA